AUGAUUGUCACUCCCCUCCUAACGCUGGUCUAUGUUGUCUCCGCCAUCGCGUGGACGCCGGACCCGUCGCCGUCAGACCGAUACCCCGGCAUCACGCUCGAUAUUGACCCGUGGCCGCCGCACCAGUGUAGCCCGAUGCGCUUCUCGUGGACGCACGAUGGUCUCACUUCUCUCAUGUUCCUGGUGUAUGAUCCAUACAUCGGAGACAGCGGCAUGACUUGGCUUUAUGGUGGAAGCUUUGGCAUCGUGGGGCAGUCGGAGAGCCCGUACACUUGGAACAUGCCGUACGGUGUCGGCGCCAUCGUCCGUAUCCAGGCAGAGUUCGGUUACUUCGGUGACGGGCACCAGUGGAUAACCCAGAAGCUCAUCGUGGUGAACUCCACUGUGAUCAACUCGCCUGGCGCCUCGUGUAUCACCUCACCCACCCACUCUGGCACUAUUGCCCCGAGCACGUCGACCUCUGAAUUCCUCUCAACCUCGCAGUCUCAGUCGCAUUCAGAGUCUGUGACUACGACCCCGCCGUCCGUGACCACACCGAAGCCAUCUUCGACGACCACACUGAAGCCAUCUUCGACUUCGAAGUCGAAAGCUUCAACAUCAAUGUCCACCACGACUCCCAAGCAGUCGCCCUCGACGGUGAAACCCUCAAAGUCGACCACAACCCCAUCCCCAAAGGCGUCCUCCACAUCCAAGUCGGUCACAAAGUCCCAGCCACCGACAGAGUCGCCGUCAGUGCCCUCAUCGAGCUCGACGUCUCCUAUCUCAAGCUCAUCUGAGGCCCCCUCUUCCUCAUCCCUUCCACCGGCAACGACGACCUCCUCGGGGCCGUCUCACCCAGUACCCACCGAGCCAACCAUUCAUAUCUCGGCCCCAGGCCAGUUUAUACGGUGCCAGUGGAGCAAGAUUCCAUACUAUGCGCCCGGUCCCACCGACGGCCUGACCAUGGUCAUCAUAUUAGCCGACGGCACGAGGAUUGACCCCCUAAAUGAGGCCUGGUCUGGGUCCUACUAUUUCUAUCUCAACACGACCUCGCCGUUCAUUGCGGCUGCAAUCUACGACAACUAUGGAAACUACGGAUUCCUCAAUGCCCAGCCCAUUACCGGCGACAGAACAGACUGUCUCGCUAAGGCUUGA